GUCAGCAGAAGCUAAGAUUCGCCAUAAUCGGCGGAGCCAGGUUCCUUACCCCGCUCCACAGAGGCUCUCAGCAUCCGUUGGAGGAGCCACCAGUGCAGAUUGAGUCGUUCAGCAAGGCAGCGGAAACCACUUCUUUCGAGCACUUUCCACAGUUCGUUAUGAAGGAAGGGUGGCAUCUUCCUGAGUUCGAGAAAACGUCGGAGUUACCUAAGCCGGUUGACCCAGCACCCUUGUGGGAUAUGCAAUCAUCCGAUGAAGAAUCAUUGGACAGCAGCGGCGACGAAGCACCCAAGCUCCCCGACCUAGGGGAUCCUGAAGAAUUGGUGCUUGCAUCGUGCACAGGCGUGCACCAUGCUAUGGUUCCUUCCUCAGGCCUCUCUGACGAGCUUGCCGAUCUGGCAGUGGCAACGGGGUGGAAGUCAUCCACUUUCAAGCAUGCUGUCAGCAAAUUGGCGGAUUUAGAUUCUGUGUUGGGCGAAAUCUUUCCAGAGAAAGCUCUGACAGUUCUUCAGAAGGCCACUAUUCGAUCGGUUUGGAGUAAACUGCAGGAGUCAGAACCCUCGGGUUCUGCAGCCUCUGCAUCGCCUCCUGUGCCAGAGUCUCGGGAAGGAUCAUGGGUGGAAUCUUUUGCCCCAAAGAUAUCAGCAUCUUCAAUUUCUGAAAUGAAACGGAAGUAUCUGGUAAACUAUCCGUCGGAGAUCAUCAACUACUCCACUCAGCCCUCAACCAGAUUGCUGAGCUUAGCAUCGCACCAGCAGAACAAGAAGGAUUGGCGAUGGAUCCCCUGGAAAUAUCGAAUGACGGAAGAGCGAGCUUCUGAGAUAAUGAUGUCCCGGCCCAACAAGCAACCUCGGCUUGAGGCUAUCGGGCUCUCGGGGAUGUUAUUGGACGAACCUCCAGCUCUGGAAAUCCAAGAUCAUUCCAUGGGUGUGAAUGCUAUUCAGAAGCUUAUGAAUGUGCAUGACGUGGCAUUGGCAAUGGUGGGAACCGCCCAUCUCGCCAGGCUGAAAGGAUAUACAACAAAAUUCAUUUCUCUUCUGACUCAGAAAUUCGAUGCUUCAUCAGGACUUCGGCCACCAUCAGUCUUAGAAGCACAACAGGCGGAUUGCCGCUUGUGGCAGGGCAUGAUCACCCUGGUCACCGACAAAGGAUGGACGAUGGAUGAUGUCCUCUACGAGUUCACCGAGGUGCGGGGCGAGAUGGCCAGCCUGCUUCAAGCUCGAGCGCGUCCUCCUCCCGUCCCCAAAGGCUGGGAAGGCAAGGGCAAAGCUGUCAAGGGCUUGGGUAAGAUGCUCGUGGAGUCCUAUGCCAAAGGCUACGCAUCGCAGGCGUCUGUCAAAGGCAAAGGGAAGGACAAAGGCAAGAACAAGGAGGCUAAAGGCGGCUCCAAUAUCAACUUUGUGAAGUCGAUCAUGGACUCUGUAAAGAACUUAACCAAUUUCUUCAGCAAUGUUUUCCAGGUGAAACGUGGUACCGCCAUUCCGCUUCACUCUACACUGCUAUCGGUGCGGCACCAAAAACUGCAAAGCCUUUCAGAUCUUGCCAGUGUUCGCAUUACAGACAGACGUAUCUGGAUGCGCAUAUCCAGCCAAUGCAGCAACAAGCGCCGCCUGAGUGCGGAGUCAGUGCGCAUUCUGGGGCUUUAUGAGUUGUGGUUACUUCACAUGAGCCCUAUGGUCAGCAUGCGACCGGCAGCAGUGUUUCCAGUGGAAGCACAAGCGGAUGCCAGUGCCCAAGGUCAACGGGCUUGCAUUGGUGGGUUCGUGUCACAUCCUGCAUUAGGCCAAAGGUGGUUUAGGGAAGAAUUCACAUAUGAGGAGUUCCGCGAGCUUCAGGUUCCCGUUCAGCAAGAUAUGCAGCUUGACAUUGCGUGCUAUGAAGCACUCGCUCAAGGGGCGCUGAUUAUCGCAUCUUCAACCUUGAUACCUUGCUCCAGAAUCAAGCUUCGGACGGUCUCAGACAACAGUGGUGCGGAGGCAGGUGUGAAUGCAUCAUUUACAACUUCACGCCCACUUGCAUAUUUCCUUGAACGCAUCUCUCUGCUUGCUGCAGUGUAUCGUACCACUUUGGAUGUGUCCCACAUACCGGGGGAGAAAAACACCAAAGCAGAUGCACUGUCAAGACCGGGUGAACACGACAUUCCCCCAGACUGCCUCGACUGUGAUCGCAUCAGGCUUCGCCUGAGUGAUCUUUGGCUGCCUCGGCCGGCCAUUUCCAUUUCGCCCAGCGAUGCUUCGCUGGCAUGGCCAAGGUUCUUCUUCCAAGCAGCGGCCUCUGGCCAGGUCUCGAAGCCGCUCGCGUGCUGGCAGGUCCAGCAAGGCCAGCAGCUCCAGCGAUGCAAAGAGUGCCAGUGGCAGCAAACCUCCAGCUUCAAGCAAAGCAGGUCCAAGCCAUCAGCCAAGGGUGCAAACACGAAGAAAGUGUCUGCGCCGUCUGCGCCUGUGGGCCAGGGCCACGGCAGCAGAGGAGGAUCAGGAUCAGGACCAAGAACCGCCUUGGUUCUGGACGCAACACCAGCAGCACCCAUGCAGUUGGACGGGCGUGCAAACAGAACCCUGAGGCGAUGCCAGACGGAGAUCGACAAGCUCAAGAAGACCUUGCAAGACGUGGACUUGAAAGACAAAGCCCAGGGCCCACAAGCAACUGCGUCGAAGGAAUACCGGACUCAUUGCCAAAAACGUGUCACCACCAUCAACAUAGCUGUCCGAGAUGCAGGGGCUACGAUCAAGGCGGUGGACAAGAGCAGCAACAAAGAGACCUUUGAAACACAGUUGCAAGAGCUGCAGCAUUACACGGCUUUGAGCCAGGCUGUUGUGCGUUUGAUUCAGAUGAUGCCGGCAGCCAGACCUGACCCCGAAGAGUUCAUCAAAGUGUUGAGCGAGGUCAAGAAGCUAGACAUUCUGGGCUUGUCGUUUGGGCCAGGUUUUCAAAUGAAGUGUUUGAUGGCCAGAGCCAAUGAGAGUUGCCUUCACGGGGAUCAUGAGAAGUUCACCGACAUUUUGAUGCACAGGUCAGAAGAAGCUCAGCCGCUUCUUAGCAGCAUGAACCUCUCUGAUUUGCGCUCCCACAUUUGCACAGAGGUUGAAAACCGAAUGCUGGCAUCAAUGCGAGCCAUCACCACAGAAGAGCUCCAGCUUAAGAUGCAAGGCAAGGCUUCCAGUGAGGAUACACCCAACUUGCACGAAGCAACCUCCCUAGCCAAAGCAGUUGCAAAAGCAUGCGCGGACAGCGAUUUUUUGGCUAGCGACCUGCAGGAGUAUGCUCAGAUGUCCGCUGCACUCCUUGACCAACAUGAUAUCAAAAGGUUGGAAACACAAACGCUGAAGGUCAAAGAAAAGGCUUCUGAGAAGCUUGAGCGCGUGCAGGGCAUGAUUCGUUUCUUUCUGCAGCAUGAUGUUGGCAAGGAUUUGAUGUCCAUGGCUAUCAGCCGAGUGCAGGAGGGUGAGCUGGAAGCAGAUUUUCAGGCCUUGGUCCGGGUUGCUGAAAAGGAGGUAAGCACUUUGGCUUGCGCGGCUGCCAAACCGCCACUUCCUGAAGCCUCGGGAUGCAGCUUAGGACCUGAUGUCCUGGCCCAGGCCAUCGCUCCUGCGUUUGAAGCUGUAGCCAGCUUGAAAGCUUGCAAGUUUCUGAAGUCGAAGCAAAGCAAGAAAGCCCUGGGUGAAGAUGGAACGCUUCCAGCAGAGUCUGUCGCGUCUUUGGAAAAGCAGCUGUCCAAUGCUGCUGUCCAGCUGGUGAGUCCUGACUUGUCCUGCACCGUGACAGAGCAUUUGCUGCUUGCUCCGGUUUAG